GCAGACAUUAUUUGUUGCAAUAAAGGUUGCAUUCCGUUCUAAUAAUAACAUUUCGUUCGCCUCCACUUUAUUUAAAUGAAACGGACGACUCUCCCUUUUAAUCAACUGUUAUCAAAAAAAUCAGGACUAGUUAAUUAUUUAGCGUGAUGUAAUUGAAUUUUUUCAGUAUGGCGUUCCAUCAUGCUGCUCUAUUCUUCACGUUGAUGUUUCUUUGGUUGUUGUUGGCGAAUGCGCAAGGCCGUCGGGACGCAAAAUAUCCGCAAGUCAGGACUCCGCAACAAAGAUUAACUAGAGGCAUCGAAGCUCUAAAAUACCACAACAUGGACUUAGGCACAGCUCGAGGUUACGGGAAAAGGGCCGUCGACAUGCAUAACGUCAACUUUCUGCUCGAAUGGAUUGCAUUGGAAACCAGGAUGAGGAACUUGGGGAUACCCCGAAAUCUCCUGAGAGAUCAAGAAACUAUACCCGAAUGACUCUAUUUAUAAAAUCGUUAAAUUAUUGUGAUUAUUAUUUAAAUGCUGUACCCUGUUUGUAAAUUUCGUUUCCCACUGUAACAUAAUUUAAUAUUAGGCAAAUAAAAUUACUAUCGAUCAGCCUUCUCAUUUAAUUUUAUUUCUCUCUGUUUUUAACGGUGAUGCGAGCGGUGAUGGAGCUCUUGCUCAUUUUUUUCAAGUCAAGUUUGACCGCCUCCUUUUGUUCGAAUAAAGCGCAAUUUUAAUAUCGUCCGAGAUUAGGCCUUUUGAACUACUAAUUAAAAUCGCACGGGAGUCUGCUGUUGUGUUGCUGUUUGCAGGUAAGUGAGCUGGCUGGAUGCAGCUUUUUUGUCGUUUGAAAAUUGGCGUCAAAACUACCUCAUAAUUUUUAUAAGAGAUGAGAUAUUAAAAACUGAAAUUAAAUUUUGUCAAACACCUGUUGUUUGAUUGGACUGCACAGGACAACUCUAAUUUUUAAAAGCGAAAUCGUAAUAUACA